CGUACUUGCACGAGUAGUUAGUAACGUCUUUUGGCGCAAAACCCUGCAAUAAACCGACCUCCAAUCGAACAAAACCCUUUCGAAAAUGUUCCGAUAACCGCCAUUAAAACCAGCAUGAACAUCACUGAAACCCUAAACCUAACCCUAAAAUCCUCUGAUCUCUAUCUCCAAAUCAAAAAUUCGCUUUCUCCGUUGUCCAUUUCGUCUCUUCCUCCAUUUCCCCCUAAUUUCCCAAUAUCAAAACUCAUUCCGAAAACUCGUUUCAUCAUCGAUGGCUUCCGAAAUUCGGGAGAUUUUUCAUUCACCUACUUUCUCUCGCACUUUCAUGCCGAUCACUACACUGGUCUCACUUCCUCGUGGUCUCGCGGCAUCAUUUUUUGUUCUCAAAUCACCGCGAAGCUCGUCAUUGAAGUUAUUGGAGUUCAAUCGGAUUUUGUUUAUCCGUUACCGAUGAAUGAAACUGUUUUAAUUGAUGGAUGUGAGGUAACUUUAAUUGAUGCUAAUCAUUGUCCUGGUGCUGUUCAAUUUUUGUUUAAAGUUCCUCUUAAUGGUGGUAAAUUUGAACGUUUUGUUCAUACCGGCGAUUUUAGGUUUUGUAGUGAUAUGAAAUUAUUGCCUGUUUUGAGUAAUUAUGUUGGUUGUGAUGCUGUUUUUCUUGAUACGACCUAUUGUGAUCCCAAAUUUGUGUUUCCUGUGCAAGACGAGUCUAUUGAUUAUGUCGUUAGUGUGAUUGAGAGGUUUGGGAGUGAAAAUAGAAAUGCGAGGAAAAGUGUUUUGUUUCUUGUUGCGACUUAUGUUAUUGGAAAAGAGAGGAUUUUGGUGGAAAUUGCGCGUAAGUGUAGGUGUAAGGUGUAUGUGGAUAGUAGGAAAAUGACGAUUUUACGUGCAUUGGGAUAUGAGAAUGAGGAUGUGUUUACGGAAGAUGAGUCGGCUAGUGAUGUUCAUGUUGUAGGGUGGAAUGUUUUGGGGGAGACUUGGCCGUAUUUUCGACCUAAUUUUGUGAAGAUGAAGGAAAUUAUGGUCGAGAAGGAGUAUUCAAAGGUUGUGGGGUUUGUUCCUACUGGGUGGACUUAUGAAGUGAAGAGGACUAAGUUUUCUGUUAGGAAGAAAGAUUCGUUUGAGAUUCAUCUAGUGCCUUACAGUGAGCAUUCAAACUAUAAUGAGCUUAGAGAGUAUGUCAAGUUUUUAAAGCCAAAGUGCGUGAUCCCUACAGUGGGCUCUGAUGUUGAGAAUGUAGAUAGCAAACAUGCUAUUAAGAUGCGAAAACAUUUUGCAGGAUUAGUGGAUGAAAUGGCUAACAAGCAAGAGUUUUUGAUGGGUUUUUAUCGUGUAACUGACAGAAAAGAAAUAGUUGAGGUGGGUGAUUCGGUGAUUGAAUUGGACAAGGGUGUAGAACAACUAAAAGAUGCGUGUGACGUGAAGCAAGAUCAUAAUAGUGGUUCGGUUUCUAUGUGUUCUACAGCUGUUAUGUGCGAACCAGGCUCAGAAGAAUCUGCUUCUUUAUGUGAUAAAGAAAAAGAUGAGAUCUUGCAAGAGCUUCAGGACUGUUUGCCCAAUUGGAUAUCUGUAAAUCAAAUGCUAGAACUUGUUAAAAUAUUCGGUAGAAAUACUGUUGAUGCUGUUUCUUAUUUUUAUGAACAUGAAACGGAAUUUUAUGAGGAGUGUGGGAAACCUGUCCUACCGUGUCAGUCAAAUUUGAAAACUGAUUGCACAACGUCUUCGAAUCACAUUCUUGAGGAGAGCACUUCUGAAAAACUUGUGAAGUCACCAAAGCAAAGCCUCAAAUUUCUGCCAUUGAAGCAGUCAGUUGUUUGCAGUGGCUCCCCAGUUAAAAGGAAGAGGAACCCAGAGAAUAAGCACAAUAAGAAGGGAAAAGUUAAUCCAAAUGCUGAACCUGGUGGCAUAAAGCAAUCUACAAUAACCAAGUUCUUCAGUAAAAGUAGUGGAGUAGUUAGUCCUGCAAGCAUUGCUCCUCCCUUGUCCGGCACAUGCUCUGAAGAAAAACGUUCAUCUCCUGUACAUUCCUCUAAGCUUUACGAGGAAGAGUUGAAGAAAUUUAUACAGGUUGUGGAAGGCAGUGAAUUAAUGAAAAGUUACGCUGCAGAACUUAUGGAAAAGGCCAGAGGAAAUAUUGACAUGGCACUGGACAUGCACUAUAGCAAUUCUGAGGUUAGUCAUGGUGGUAAUCAGAAAAGUCUGAAUGUUAGUAGCAUAUCAGCAACAUGUGAAGUUCCAGAGGCUAGCCUCUCUAGCCAAGGGCAAGAAAGGUCUGAAGCUGGUGAUAAAGUUUAUAAAUCUGUGCAAGAAUCGUUGGCUGACAACAUGGCUGCUAACUAUGUAUCACUACCACCUGAGAAGUAUUCUCCGAUAGAACAUGCUUGCUGGAAGCAAGGUCAGCCUGCUCCAUAUUUACACUUGGCACGGACUUUUGAUCUUGUUGAAGGUGAAAAGGGAAAAACUAAAGCUACCUCUAUGCUUUCAAAUAUGUUUAGAAGUUUGGUGGCUUUGUCUCCCGAGGAUGUUCUUCCUGCUGUUUAUCUCUGCACAAAUAAGAUUGCUGCUGACCAUGAAAAUAUGGAACUAAACAUUGGCGGGAGUUUGGUUGCAUCUGCUCUUGAAGAGUCAUGUGGAACCAAUAGAUCAAAGAUAAGAGAAAUGUACAACAAUCUUGGUGAUCUUGGGGAUGUUGCACAAGAGUGUCGGCAAACACAGUCGCUGCUUGUCACUCCUUCACCCCUUUUGAUUCGUGAUGUUUAUUCUACACUUCGAAAAAUUAGCGUACAGAAAGGCAAUGGAAGCACAAGUAGAAGGAAAAGCCUCAUUAUCAGUAUGAUGCGAUCUUGCAGAGAGAAGGAAAUGAAGUUCAUUGUCAGGACUUUGGUGAGGAACCUACGAAUUGGAGCCAUGAUGAGAACAGUUCUUCCAGCAUUGGCUCAAGCAGUGGCACUGAAUAGUUAUGAUGAAGAAGCUGGCAAAAAUCUGAAGCAAUUGCUUCAGGGCCUUUCUACAGCUGCUAUUGAAGCUUAUAAUAUUCUUCCGGACUUGAAUUUGCUCGUGCCUUCUCUUAUGAGCAAAGGCAUAGAGUUUUCCGCCUCUACAUUGUCUAUGCGACCAGGUGUUCCUAUUAGGCCCAUGCUUGCUAAAAUAACUAAUGGGGCUCCGCAAUUACUGAAAAUAUUCCAGGAUAAAGCCUUUACUUGUGAGUACAAGUAUGAUGGUCAACGUGCACAAAUUCACAAACUCGCUGAUGGUUCUGUGCGCAUCUUCUCAAGAAAUGGGGAUGAGACAACUUCAAAAUUUCCAGAUUUAGUGAAUAUUAUUCUGGAGUUAUGUAAUCCUUGUGCAGAGUCUUUCAUUAUUGAUGCAGAGGUGGUUGGAAUUGAUCGAAAAAAUGGACAUAAGUUUUUAUCCUUUCAAGAGCUAUCUGCUCGAGAGAGAGGAAGCAAAGAUUCCUUGGUUUCAUUGGAUAGAAUCAAGGUUGACAUCUGUAUUCUUGCAUUUGAUGCCAUGUUCGUCAAUGGAGAGAAGUUAUUGGAUUCCCCACUUAGGCAAAGACGGCAGCGUAUGAAAGAUCUCUUUUGUCGAGAGAAACCAGGUUUUUUUGAAUACGCAAAGGAAAUAACUGUAGAAGCAGAUGAAGCUCUUCCGGACAGUGAAGAUGCUUUGAAAAAGAUAAAUAUUUUCCUGGAAGAUGCGUUUAAGUCUUCUUGUGAAGGAAUUAUGGUUAAGUCACUAGAUGUUGAUGCUGGUUACUAUGCUUCAAAACGUGCUGAUUCAUGGUUGAAGGUAAAGCGAGAUUAUAUGGAUGGGGUAGGGGACUCCCUUGAUUUAGUCCCCAUUGGUGCCUGGUAUGGUAAUGGGAGAAAGGCAGGAUGGUAUAGUCCUUUCCUAAUGGCAUGUUACAAUCCUGAUUCCGAGGAAUUUGAAAGCUUAUGCCGUGUAAUGACCGGAUUUACCGAUGUUUUUUACAAAGAGAUGAAGGGUUUUUUCUCUGGAGACAAGAUCUUGCCCCAAAAACCCUUAUAUUACCGGACAGAUGAAAUUCCUGAUGUGUGGUUUUCAGCUGAAACGGUAUGGGAGAUAAAAGGUGCAGACCUUACUGUAUCACCAGUUCACAAGGCUGGUGUUGGAAUCGUUCAUCCUUCACGAGGUAUUUCAAUGAGGUUUCCGAGAUUUAUACGUUCUCUCUCAGACAGACGACCAGAAGAUUGUAGUACAUCGACAGAUGUUUCUGAAAUGUUUCAUUCUCAGACUCGGAAAAUGGAUGUAAGUGGUGUUCAUUAGACUUUUAGAAGAUGUAUAUAGAAUUUGUGUUAAAUUUAAAUUAAUUUAGGUGCGUGUAAAUGCAAUUUUUUGCCAGUUCCAUAAUACUAUGUUACUCUUAUAUCCAUGACUUUGGACAAGUCCUAGUGCCGAACAUGGCUAUUUAAUGAAAUGAACAAUAUUUUGAACCAAAA